AUUGUGUACAGAGACGUCUUGGCAGCCAGUAUUCAGCGCAGUAUUAACACGAGUCAGCUUGUUUACAGCAGUCUGACGGACCAGACAGAUAAUCAAGCGAGGAAACAGCUCGGAGAUUACGGCUUUCUGCAGUGUUUAGUGUCCUCGGGGUUCAGCAAGUGUUAUUUAGAGGCUUCAGGGCAGUGUUUAUGUGAACGCGGCCCAGUGUACAUUGAUGCUCCUGCGGUUCACAUGAGUUCAUACACACACAUAUACACACACACUCUUCACUGCAGGAUUACCCGCGUGUCUUAAAGGUUAUAUUAUUAAUGUCAUGACUGCAGUGGCUUUAUUGGGUGACGAAGAAGAUUGAAAAUCUCCCUAUGAGGACAUGACUGACAGUCAACUUUAUGCUACGAGAAACGUCUAACGUACACGAUUCUCUGCUGUUUUAAUAUCCGGACAAGAAAAUGUGCUCAGAAAGACUACAGAACUCUUAUAACUGGAUUUUCUAAAGAAUUAAACCGCAAAAAGACGCCAACAUGAGGAUCUUCAGGACUUUACUGAACGCAGCGUCCAAGCAAAUCGACUUCUACUCCAGAUUCUCUCCUUCUCCUCUGUCUAUGAAGCAGUUCAUAGAUUUUGGUUCGGAGAAUGCAUGCGAGAAAACGUCAUUCACGUUUUUAAGACAGGAGCUGCCCGUCAGGCUGGCGAAUAUAAUGAAAGAAAUCGAUUUACUGCCUGACAACCUUCUGAGAACUCCCUCAGUGCGGCUGGUGCAGAGCUGGUACAUGCAAAGUUUUCAGGAUAUACUGGAGUUCAAGGACAAGGAUGCUGACGAUGAAACAGUCAAUCACGACUUCACAGAAGCUGUGAUUAAGAUCAGAAACCGCCACAACGAUGUGGUGCCCACCAUGGCUCAAGGAGUGGUGGAAUAUAAGGAGACCUACGGCACCGACCCCAUCACCAGUCAGAAUAUGCAGUACUUUCUGGACCGUUUCUACAUGAGCAGGAUUUCAAUCCGAAUGCUCCUGAACCAGCACACUCUUCUGUUUGGAGGAAAGGUGCGGGACAAUCCUGCUCAUCCCAAACAGAUUGGCAGCAUUGACCCCAGCUGUCGUGUCAUCGAUGUGGUAAAAGAUGCUUAUGAAAAUGCCCGAAACCUGUGUGACCGGUAUUAUAUGAACUCGCCUGAGCUAGUGUUGGAGGAAUUUAAUGUUAAAGGACCAGAAAAACCCGUUACUGUGGUUUAUGUACCAUCUCAUCUCUACCACAUGGUGUUUGAGCUCUUUAAGAAUGCCAUGCGCGCUACCAUGGAGCUUUAUGAAGAUGCCAUGGAGUAUCCCCCAGUGCAUGUGCAGAUCGUCCUCGGCCAUGAAGACUUGACUGUGAAGGUCAGCGAUCGAGGAGGCGGAGUCCCGCUGAGGAAGAUUGACAGGUUGUUUACGUACACCUACUCCACUGCUCCUCGUCCUCAGAUGGACACCUCUCGAGCCACUCCGCUGGCUGGUUAUGGUUAUGGGCUGCCCAUCUCCAGACUUUAUGCCAGAUAUUUCCAGGGUGACCUGAAACUUUAUUCGAUGGAGGGAUUCGGCACAGAUGCCGUCAUUUACAUCCGAGCUUUGUCCACCGACUCCAUCGAGAGGCUUCCGGUUUACAACAAAUCAGCCUGGAAACAUUAUAAGACCAUCCACGAGGCUGACGACUGGUGUGUGCCCAGCAAAGAGCCCAAAGACAUGACCACCUUCCGCAGCUUCUAGACUCUCCUUUGGGCCUGUACCACAAAGCUGGAUUAGCUCGUUAGCCAGUUAAGUUAGCGGUUUAGUUUGCGCCAAAUCCAGGAUUUUGGCUAACAUGACGGCAGCUCGACUUUAAUCGUAGUAUUAUUUAGCAGCUGAGCUACCUUUAUGAUACCUAAUACCCAGAAUUUGUGCAAACUAAACUGAAACGUAACUAGCUAACAAGCUAAUCGGGCUUCACGGUACAGGUCCCAGAACACUCCUCACCUUCAGCAGAUCAAACUUCAGCAGAAGAGGAGCGUUGAGACUUUACAUUCAUCAGUAUGAGCAAACACAACCUGAAUUUAGUCUUAAGUAAACAUUGUUGAACUUUAACCUGGUGGUACUAGUAUUAGUUUCAGUCUAGUUUGCGCCAAAUCUUGGUUUUAGCUAACAUGACGGCAGCUCGACUUUAAUAACUCUUUGUUGCCAUGUUAUUAUUAAACAGCCCAGCUAAACAACCCAUAAUUUGAGGAAACUAAACUGAAACCUACCAAGCUGGCGAGCUAAUUGAGCUUAAAACCCAGAAUUUGAGCAAACUACACUGAAACGUAACUAGCUAACAAGCUAAUUCAGAUUAGCAGUACAGGUCCCAGAACACUCCUCACCUUCAGCAGAUCAAACUUCAGCAGAAGAGGAGCGUUGAGACUUUACAUUCAUCAGUAUGUGCAAACACAACCUGAAUAUAGUCUUAAGUAAACAUUGUUCAACUUUAACCUGGUGAUACUAGUAUUAGUAAACAAAAACAAGGUGUUGUCAGUGCCAUCAUCACACUCCGCAGACCAUAAGAGGGUUAGUUCACCCAAAAAUUAACAUUUCCUCCUAAUCUACUCACUCACAGGUCAUGUUUUACUCUCCUCUGGGUGAGUAAAUGACCAGGAAAUCUUCAUUUUUAGGUGAACUAACCCUUUAACAAUGUUGCUGUGAUGUUUCAGUUUAGUUUGCGCUAAAUCUUGGUUUUAGCUAACAUGACGGCAGCUCGACUUUAAUAACUCUUUGUUGCCAUGUUAUUAUUAAACAGCCCAACUAAACAACCCAUAAUUUGAGGAAACUAAACUGAAACUUACCAAGCUAGCAAGCUAAUUCGGCUUAAAACCCAGAAUUUGAGCAAACUACACUGAAACGUAACUAGCUAACAAACUAAUUCAGAUUAGCGGUACAGGUCCCAGAACAUUCCUCACCUUCAGCAGAUCAAACUUCAGCAGAAGAUGAGCGUUGAGACUUUACAUUCAUCAGUAUGAGCAAACACAACCUGAAUAUAGUCUUAAGUAAACAUUGUUCAACUUUAACCUGGUGAUACUAGUAUUAGUAAACAAAAACAAGGUGUUGUCAGUGCCAUCAUCACACUCCGCAGACCAUAAGAGGGUUAGUUCACCCAAAAAUUAACAUUUCCUCCUAAUCUACUCACUCACAGGUCAUGUUUUACUCUCCUCUGGGUGAGUAAAUGACCAGGAAAUCUUCAUUUUUAGGUGAACUAACCCUUUAACAAUGUUGCUGUGAUGUUUCAGUUUAGUUUGCGCUAAAUCUUGGUUUUAGCUAACAUGACGGCAGCUCGACUUUAAUAACUCUUUGUUGCCAUGUUAUUAUUAAACAGCCCAACUAAACAACCCAUAAUUUGAGGAAACUAAACUGAAACUUACCAAGCUAGCAAGCUAAUUCGGCUUAAAACCCAGAAUUUGAGCAAACUACACUGAAACGUAACUAGCUAACAAACUAAUUCAGAUUAGCGGUACAGGUCCCAGAACACUCCUCACCUUCAGCAGAUCAAACUUCAGCAGAAGAGGAGCGUUGAGACUUUACAUUCAUCAGUAUGAGCAAACACAACCUGAAUAUAGUCUUAGGUAAGCAUUGUUGAACUUUAACCUGGUGGUACUAGUAUUAGUUUCAGUCUAGUUUGCGCCAAAUCUUGGUUUUAGCUAACAUGACGGCAGCUCGACUUUAAUAACUCUUUGUUGCCAUGUUAUUAUUAAACAGCCCAGCUAAACAACCCAUAAUUUGAGGAAAUUAAACUGAAACUUACCAAGCUAGCAAGCUAAUUGAGCUUAAAACCCAGAAUUUGAGCAAACUACACUGAAACGUAACAAGCUAACAAGCUAAUUCAGAUUAGCGGUACAGGUCCCAGAACACUCCUCCGAUCAGCAGAAGAGGAGCGUUGAGACUUUACAUUCAUCAGUAUGAGCAAACACAACCUGAAUAUAGUCUUAAGUAAACAUUGUUCAACUUUAACCUGGUGGUACUAGUAUUAGUAAACAAAAACAAGGUGUUGUUAGUGCCAUCAUCACACUCCGCAGACCACAAGAGGGUUAGUUCAACCAAAAAUGAACAUUUCCUGUUAAUCUACUCACCCACAGGUCAUGUUUUACUCUCCUCUGGGUGAGUAAAUGACCAGGAAAUCUUCAUUUUUAGGUGAACUAACCCUUAAACACUCGCUGUUCUGGUGUGUUUUGAGUGUUUUGCUUCCAGUAUGAGCAAAGCCAGUAUGUAUUUAUUGUUUUCGGUCACGAGUCGUGAGAAAGACUGAAUUAUUGAUUUAUUUUUGCUUCGUGAAAUUAUGCUUGUGUGUUUUACCAGCAUAAACGGGACUCCACAUUCCCUGUACAGUCCCAUGAGUUACUUUUUAGAGCCAGUGUAAAGAUGAAAGAAAGUU